AGAACUCGAGAUCGAUACUUGUUUAAAAGGAACCACCCCGUCGACUUCUCUCUCUUCAGCAUCAGAAUGUCUGCCCCAGAAACCGCUACCAAAUUCGCACCUACCCAAUCCUCUUCCGUCCUCGGCGGGCAGAUAGUCGGCCGCACUGAGCGCCAGGCAGCACCCCCCGCAGCUUUGAAGCUCCGUCUUGACCUUAACCUUGAGGUGGAGAUUGCCAUCCAGGCCAAGGUCAAUGGUGACAUUACCUUGUCGCUCCUGUGAUGAGUAAACGUGCCACGCGGACGGGAAGAUGUCGGAGUCAAGUUCUCUUGUCUAGCGCAUAACCACUUUGAUUACCUUCUCCUUUUCUCUGACGGUUGUGUUGGUAUUUUGCCGGCGUUCAUACACGUAGUA